CGGAUUUCAGAAUAGGCGGCAACAGGUGACACUCGCCGUGGUGGCUUGCAGCGCCCAACGACAAUCGGCGGCUUAAAGGCGGCAAAAGAUGGUGCUUGCAGAGGCACGGCGUCGAUCGGCGUUCAUAGGCGGCAAUGCUUGUUCCCUUAUGUCAAUGAAUUAUGGCAUCGGUUACAGCAGCGGUAGGCGGCACGAGGACGCGCCCGAACGCCGGUAACGGCGUCGUCUUCGGCGGCCAGCAUAUACAAAAACAGACGACGUCGCUAUCGGAGAUCCAUUCGCUACUUGCAUUGUCUUCGAAAAUGUAUUAUUAGAGGUGUCGUAAUUUUAUUCUCUUGGUAGACCAUUUUUUUUAAAUAAAUGAUGUAAAACUAUGUGACUGCUUAAAUAUAUAUAAAUUUAUCUACGGUUGGAAAACAAAAAUUAUAUUUUCUUGAGGUUGUGUAAAAAGAAUUAAAGUGGCUUUUUUUAGAUGGGUUAAUUAGUGAUCCUUAUGCUUAAAUCAGAAUCGUUUUCUGAAAAUGGGUAGAAAGAGAAAGAUACUUCCACAGCUGACAUAUGGACAAUAAUUGGUAUGUUCCCUUAAUAAGUCAACCACGUCAUAUUGACAUUGAUUGUACCGUAAGUCAAAUGAAAUUUCUCAAACGCCUACGACACGACCAUUUUCAGAAUCAACAUGCGACUGCGAAUUAUCCUCGUGCUGGGAUUCGCAGGACUUCUUCUUGCGGAAAGAAGCGGAUCGUCAAGUGGAUAUUCCCACUUCGUAAAGCAUCGCACAAAGCCGCGUGAGAUUCGCGGCUUCAAGCCGGAAUUUCUCUCGACCGCCAUUGGCUUUGGAAAACGUGAAAGCCCAUAUGAAGGAAUCACGUCACAGGAUAAAAACGAGAAGAUAAUUCUUUCGUUGUUGCAGAAAUUUCCCCAGAGUGUCUCACUGGAAUGGCUUUUUCACGAAAUGAGAAAGAAUCCUGAAUUGGCUAAAAGAAUAGCGAUGAAAAUAAUAGCUGGCGAUCCGGAUGAUAAACUAUCUACGGUCGAUCUCUUUAAACCUGAGCGAACGAUUUCAUUAUUAUAAAUAAUAGAUGAAUUAUUGAACUCUGUACGAUAUCUUUAGCCACACAAAAUAUUAUUUAAUAAAGUCGCGGACUCUGCUAUAGUA